AUGAUGGUGUCAGCCCCGUCGUCAUCGUUUCAUGAUUAUUUAUCAGUGAGUGAUCCUUGUUUAACAAAGAUGGAAGCCAUAACACCAAUUCUACAAACAAAUGAUGAAUAUCUGGGUGAUGUGUAUGAGAAUAAUAAUAAUAAUAGUAAUAGAAAUAAUCGAAAUUCAGUAAUUAAACGGCCGAUGAAUGCUUUUUUAUUAUGGGCACGUGGAGAGAGAAAGCGCGUCUCGAGCGAUGGAUAUGGUGUUAGUCAAACAUCGCUCAGUAAACUUCUUGGGGAGACAUGGCGACAUAUGUCAGUAGAAGAAAAACAGCCUUUUUUGGAUAUGGCAGAAACAUUAAAACGUCAACAUCAUAUUGAUCAUCCAGAUUAUAAAUUCAAACCGAAACAACGUUCAUCAACAGCUACUAAACCAGCAGGCUCAACUACAACAACAACUACCAUCACAAAGAAAAAUCAAUUGUUGACACCUCAACAGCAGUAUUCAUCAGUCAGUCCAUCACCAGUAUCUUGCACAUCGUCAGCAUCCUUGUCGCCUGUAUCAAAUGCAGCUCCUCAUCCCAUUCAAUCGAACGUUUUAGCCAUGUGUCAAGCAAUUAUUCCAUCAUCAGCACCACAGAAUAGUAACGAUUGGUUUUAUCAAUUGACCGGACAACCACAAUCAGUUAUCGUUGCACCUGUACCUCGUGCCCAAACUUCUCCACUCUCAUCACGUCGACCUGUGCGAAUUCAAAUUAUCAAUAAACACGAUGAUAUUGUUUUACCACCAUCAACCUUACUACCAAUGACUCCUCCACCACCGGCAUCAUCAUCUUCAUUAAUCAUGGAUGAAUCAACACCAACAUUGGUCGAUUAUCUUGUGAAUAGUUGUAACAUAUUUAAUAUGCCUACGAAUAACAAUCAACAAGUCUUAGCACCUGCCAUCGAUGAUGCAACUGGUAAACAAUCCGAGAUUUGUUCUCGUUCAUCAUCUUUCCAUUUAGAAUAUGAAACACUGAACGAUUCUUCAGUCAACCAUUUGACAGAUCUCGAUCAACACUAUGAUAGUAAUGGUUGGAUUGACACUCCGUUAUCGAGUUUUGGUACGAAUUCAACAGAUAUUGUUCCAUCAUCACCCUACUCUUCCUAUGACUUUUUAUGCCUCUAA